UUUUAGCCCAGCGGUGUGUUAGGUGUUGUGAUGAAGGCGACUGACCCCGAGUGUAUUCUCUCAAUUAUCUUUAACCAUGGAGGCCGAAGUAUUAGCUCUCAAGUGGAACAAUCACCAGAGUAUCUUCUAUCAUAUUAUCAGUGGACUUAGAACUAAGGGUAGCUACACUGAUGUAACACUGGCAUGUGAAGGCAAGUUUUAUCCCGUCCAUAAGUUGGUUCUCUCAACGUGUAGUGAAUAUUUUAGUGACAUUUUUGACCGCACACCGUGUAAAAAUCCGGUUAUUGUUUUAAAAGAUAUACAGUGUCAAGAUCUUGAGUUCUUGCUGGACUAUAUGUACAUUGGUGAGGUCAAUGUAAGACAAACUGAACUUUCAUCACUCAUUAAGGCAGCAGAGUGUCUCAGAAUCAAAGGCUUGGCUGUGCCGGAUGAAGAUCCAAAGUCCUUAGCCUCUGAUGUAGGUAAUUCUGAACCCGUCAUUCGGCAACGUCCUGUGGAGCAGCAUCAUAUAGACCGUAAUAGUCCGCCGGCAAAGAGACGACGGGCCGAAGACCGGAGAACAAGUACCUCUGCACCCAUAGACUCCACACCAGAUGCAUCUUGUGAGGGAAAGUCCAUAGAAGACAGACCCACAGAGGAUGCUUCACUCCCUGCCCCAGACCAUGUUGAACCCCAUGUCCCAGACCAUCAUCAGGAGAAGGAGGGAGCUGUGAGUGAUGAGGCAGCAAUGGAAGCUGUGGAACCUCUGCCACACAUCAAAAUAGAGCAAGAUCUUAGUUACCAUGAUAAAUAUGAUGUGCCCAUACAAUCAGAACCGUCUAGUUAUGAUGAGGAUCUCUACCUCCAAGAAACAGAGGAGGUUGGAGGACCCAAGAUGGAAGCAGAGGAAGCGAAGGAUGUAAUGGAGGACGACCUGAGUGUAAACUUCUCCAAUAUGUUACAGUCAACACUCUCAACUGCAGAUGGUUCUGAUCAUCAUUCUGGUCUACCUUCUCAUAUGAGUUUAGAACCGUGGGACGGUGGCACGGGACGUGGCCUCCCCGGCCACAACCUCCAGGCUAGUGGUGCUUCACACACCCCCCUCUCUCACCAUCAACAGAAGUAUGGUCCUGGGGGAGAAUUAUAUUGCCCAAUCUGUGGUAGAGCGAGCAGUCGACGGGACAACCUAGAGCGCCACAUUCGAAGUCACCUGGGAGACAAACCCUUCAAGUGCCCCUACUGUUCAUUCCGCUCCCAACUCAAGUGGAAUAUGAAAUCUCACAUUGAACGGAGACAUCCACAAUCCUGUAUGAUUCAACCACAAUGACGUCCUUUAAAUCGAAAAAUGCAACAAAUUCCACUUAAUAUUUUUCAAAGCUCACCAUACUUCUAAUUUUUAGAGAUUAUGAGCAGCACACACAACCUUCUUGCGGUGAUUUAUUAUCUGAAUAAUACUGUAAAGGCAAGUUAUAUAUUUUAAGCCUCCCAAUAAUUUUGUACAAAAUUCAAAUUGCUAUAAGUUAAUAUUGUACAAUACUGUACAUAUUAAAAAAUUUUGUAUUUGUUUGCACUUGUUAUUGUGUUUGUCUUGUCAUUAUUCAAAUUACAUUUUAAUAAGAUAAAUUAAAUAUACUGUACAGUAGUUUCCAGGAGAAUAUUUGUUCUCAAGACUUUUUUUAUUGUUUGAAAUAACUUAGUAAAUCUAUAUUAUUGAGAUUUAAACACAAGGUUAUCCUGUAUUUUUCUGAACAUUGCUCAUGAUGAUAUUUCUGUGGUUAUUUCUUGUAGUAUACUGUAUUUGAUACACUGGUUACCAGAAGCUCAAACUGAAUGCACUUUUCAAAUGUUUCACAAGUCCUUUACUCUGGUCAAAUGUUCAUGUAUACAUUUUCACUCAAUUUUCAGGGAGACAUAAAUUUGUCGUACUUAUGAAGAAAGAUAUUUGUGGCUGCUUUAAACAACAUUCCCAGGUGAAAUAUUUUUAUUUUGCAGUACAGUUGGUUCUUAUAUAUUGAGCCACAUAAUCUUGUGUGUCUUUUGGCAAUCCUUGACAAUCUAAAUAUGAGGGAAGAAACUCCAUAAGUACUGUAACACAUAUACUGUAUACCUUUGAUAUAGAAAAGUACUUGUACAUUCUGAUAAUAUUGUAUACAAUGCUUCCUGCUAAAUGAAGUGACAUCCCCCUGGGUAAGAGUUAUAGAAGUUAGGGCCCAAAUUGAUGUUUGACCAUCUUAAGGAUUUCACGUCCUCGCUUCUUUUCUUGGCUGAAGCACAUUCAUCUCAUGACUUACUCACAUUCUUCCCUUGGCCUAGACCAGAUCUCCUUAUACUGUAGAUAACAAAUUGAUUCCUCAUGUUUAAGAGAAAAUAUUCCUGCGACAUGAUGAAAUCUUCCAUUAAUCAUAUUACAGUACAGUACAGUACAGGGGGUCCCCAGGUUAAGAGGAGACUUACUGUACUAUGAACCAGUUGUACCUAUGUCAGAUUUUUUAAAUAAUUGACCUUAUGGGACCUUGUUCGUAUUGGCGGGUGUUCGUAAGUCAGACGUUCGUAACUCUGGAACCCCCUGUACUGUGUAUUUUUUAGCGACAAAUUUCUCCUAUAACUAAAAUAAGCCCAAUCUCAUUAUAUGUUGUACUAAUAAAGUACAGUACAGUAUACUGUACCUAAGUAUCUUACGGAGUCACUUAUCUCAAAGUCUCAGUUGUUAAAACUCAACAUAUAGGACUCUUAUGGAAGAAUUUAUUUAACACAGAAAUAUAAUAUUUUCACUUAGAUAAGAUAAGAUGAAAAUAAAGGAGUACUGGAUAGGUUGAUUGGCAGCAUCAGUGUUUAUGUCAGGUAAAGUAGAUGAAAGUUAGGCAUACUUUAAUUUUGGCCAACUUAGGUAAUGUUGAUAGAUAAUAAGUAUUUAUUUUCUUACUUGUAGGAACUAGUAAGUCUUAGGAUGUAAUUAUGUAAGCAGGCAGACAAAGUCUUAAAAGCUGAAGAAUUGUAGAGGGUUUUAGACUCUAAAAAGCUUACAAAGAUUUUAGAGUAUAAAAACAACAUAAUGUCAGAUGCUAAAGUGUAAAGUAUAGUUACUGGUUUUUAAGCUCUUCUGUUAUGUAACAACAAGUUGAAGAGUAGCACAGGCACAAUCAAAUGGAAGAACAAGCUUUGAAAAAUAAAAGUUUUUCAAAAUCUAUCACUUCUAAAAAAAUAUCUUUCAACGGCAAAUAAUACUUACAAAUAAGAAAUUGCUCUGCAUUGUACUUAUGGAACAAUAAAGUAGCAUUUGUUCCUUUAUGUGAUAUAUUUUGAAAAUAAACUUAGGACCAUGCAGUGGUUCUACAGUUAGUAGGCUUGUUUUUUGCUAGCAACGUGUGCCAUUGCUCAAAACUUUGUGGCCAUUAGAGGACCUUUUUUGGUUAGGAUACAAUACUGUAUACAGUACAUACUUCACUUCAACGAUUUUAAUGUUAAUGAUGCAUCACAAUAACGAUAGUAAUGAAAGGCGACACCUCAACACAUUAACAAUACAUUUCAACACAAUAAUGAUCAGUAGCACAAGUUGAUAGUCACUCUGGGCGGCAAUCUUGAUGACGUCAGUGAGCAGGGUGGUUUGCUUUGAUCAGAGCGUGUGAACAGGAGGUGUGGUGUAACUUACUCACUUAUCUGUGUCCUGCUGCUGCUGCUCCUGAUGAUAAUGUUCAAUAUUUACCUGUGUGUGAUCUGUUAGAUGAUUUACCACUAGACUUCACUGGCUUUGAGACUGAAGGAUCAGUUGGUGGUGGUGCUGAGGAAGCAGUGCAGUAUGAGAGUGUGGGGGGCAGGGCAGGGGGGCACUAACACCACUUCCCUGCCUUGGAUGACAGCAAACAGUUUCAUUAAGCAGUUUAGUGAGUGUCCAAAGGUUAGAUAUUAACUCUACAUACAGUAUUAAUGUGUGUAAAUAAGUGGUUGUAAUUUUUGUGGGGGUUAUAGGGGGUAUAAGAGUCUGAGGGCUGAUACAAAUUGACCCAUUUAGCAUGUAAACUAUACUCACCACAUUAACGAUUUUUACCUUAACGACCGUUUUCCUGGUACCAAUUAGUCGUUAAAGUGAAGUAUGGACUGUAAAGCAAUUUGCAGGAUUCUCCAAGUCUAACAUAGUUCAGUACUGUAAUACAGUACUACAUAAUUUUUAUGGGCAUGAAAAUGUGAUACUGAUUCAAUAUCGAAUAAAUUUUCAGUAGUGUGACCCACCAGAGGUGCUGAUGUUAUGGCCUCUUCAGGUACCUCAGACCCUGCUUGUUUCUCAUACUUGACAUAAGUCUUAGUUCAGUAUCUCCUAGAUAGAAGAUGAACAAACUAGGUAUACUGUAGUACAAUGGGAAUCAUUGUUAAAUGUUAUUGUUGGCAGUUAUUACAUUAAUGAUUUUCACAGGCAGCUGUACAAGGCUUUAAAAGUUAUUUAUCAGUUGUGUGAGCCAACACUCCGUCAAUGAUGUAUUAAGGCACUGGCCUUCAGAUUCUUGUAUUGUAAUACUGUAUGUAUUAUGCAUUAUUAGUGUGUUUGUCCAGACCAUAGCUAUUUUAGAAUUUAUAAUAACCAGAUUAACCAGAAUUUGUUAAGAUACUCCUUUCUUUAGGGUUAUUGGUGCAUAGCUCUUGUCUGACAAAAUCCAAGCUUAUUUAUACCAGUGCUGCACAUCUUCUGCAGGUUUUGCAGAGAUUAACCCAUUGUGUUGUAACAAUUGGUGUUUGGACAAUUAGUGGAGCAGAUAGACAAAUUGAUGUGAAAUUACUCUCAUGGGGGAUACAUUAGUUCCAAUUCAUGAAGGAUAUAUAUGUUAGGAUUCAUGAGAGCUACAUAAGUUAGGAUUCAUGAGAGAUACAUAAGUUAGGAUUCAUGAAAGAUACAUAAGUUACAGUUUAUAAGAGAUACACAAAUUAGGGUUCAUGAGAGAUACAUAAGUUAGGAUUCAUGAGAGAUAAGAAGCUAGUAUGUUGAGGCAGCUGGUGCUAAGGUGAAUCAUGAAAUGUAUCAGCAUAAACUAAUAGUAAUAAUGGUAGCGUGUUUGUCAUAGUAGAAGAGUAACUCCCAUUUAUCAGCACCUGUUUAGCUGUGAACACAAUGAGUAAUUCUCUAAGAUUACAGUAUGUUUGCUCUCACAGUAUUGUAGUAGAAGUAAUAUUAUUUAUGAAUUGGCACAUAUUUUAUUUAUUAUUAUUAUUAUUUUUUUUUUUUUUACCCUGAACCAAUAUGCUCACCAAGACUGUUAGGCACAUGUCUUUUGUUAUGUGCCAAUACUGAACUGUAUUGCUCUCUUCCUCUCUGCUGCUUUUACUGAAAUAUGGUGUGUACCAAAUUCGUGUUGUGACUUGUUCUACAAUUGAAUAUGAUUCUCAUGGAAAAUAGAUUAUUCAAUGCAUGGAAUUUAUUUUAGAAAACAAGGAACACGAUGUAUGUUAUGAUUUUGGCAAAGUGCUUGAAAACUGUGGAUGAGAAAUUGCCAUUAACAGGGGCGUACCCAGGAUUCUGGGGGACUUUUUGAGGCCAUAUGCAACGGCUAUUAGGUUAUUUGAAAAGAUAAUCAAGGGGUAAUUUAGAGUGAGAGUAAAUAUUCAAUGUCAUAAAAGACACUUGAAAAGGAAAAAGUACAAGGUGAGUUCAACAUAUAAAUCAUGUUUUAUUUUAGAAACUUAUUUAUAUGCUAUCACUACCACAUUUCGAGUUCAUUAACAUUUUAUUUUGUAUUGUUUAAGCAAUCACUUCAUUGCAUAGUUUCAAAAAUAUUUAACAAUAUCAUGUCACACUUCAUGUAACACAAAUUUUUAUUAAAUUUCAACCCCAACCUUCCUAUUGAUAACUCAAUUAAUGACUAAAGAUAGCACUUGCGAGCAAUAAUUAGGGAUGUGCAUAGACAACAUAUGAAGAUAAUGUAAACUGAAACGUUGAUAUACCGGGUAGUUCAUCGUACCGGGUAUUCGUAUAUUUUGUGUUUCCCCGACUAUUUCUACAUCCUAUAAAUGUCACGAAUAUCCAUUAUUUGAAAUACUUUGUUUAACAUCUAAUAUUCAACACAGUACAGUAAAAAUGAUGAUUAAUAAUAAGUUGUCAGCAAUAAUUAGGGAUUCCCAAAUUAUUGCUAACAACUUAUUAUUAAAUUAUUAAACCUCAUUUAAUGUGUUUAAUAUUAAGAAUAUUAGAUUUUAAAUUUGUAUUACAAAAAUGUACAUUCGUGACAUUUAUAUGAUGUAGAGAUAUAAGCAGGACUAGAGUUUUGGGAUUCUAAAUGUUUCUCAAUAUUCAACACAGUAAUUGAUGAUUUAGGGAAGCAAAAAAAAAAUAUAAAUAGUCGGUACGGUGAACUAUAUCAUACAUCAUUUAUGAAAAUUAUUUCCAUUCCUGUCUGACUUACGCAUAAUUAAUAGAUAUUUGUACUUAUGUCGUGGGCAUUUCGAUGCAGAAGUGACAUUUACAUCGUCACACUGUAGCUUACGUUUCACUGGGAUGCUAGCAGUUGUACUGGAUUCAGUGUUGGUGGAUGAUGUUGUACCCAGAGUCUCCUUGGCGAUGUCUCUGGUAGGGCUUGGUGGCUUUGACUGUACGCCAGUUGGGCUCAUAAAAUUGCGAAUUUCAUCGUAGUUUAGAAACAACGCAAACACACUAUACACGCACGGGAAUAACACGAUGAUGUAAGAGUGCACAUGUGUUGUUCACAGCUGAAACAGGGACUCGUGACUGACUCCUGGGUCAGAACUUGGUCAAUUAUGUGAAGAUGCCAGUGGUCCUGAGGGUCAUGUCAGGUCAUAAGCUGAGCUUAUGACCUGACAUGACCCAAAAUUCCACACACAAAUAUGUCUUAUAAUCAAGCUACUUGUGUCACUUGUGUUUGACCGUAUUAAGAUUAAAUAUGACAGGUAAGGGAGGGAGAUGACGGCAGAUCAAAGACACUUCAGACGAGCAGCAUGGGCUUCGAGGGGGGUUUCGGGGCAAUCGGGAAACCCCCCUGGAUACACCCCUGAUUAAUGGACUGUGAUUUGAAAGGGUUCUGGUAGCUAAUUGAUGAGCACUAUACUGUAAAUGUUAGUUAUAGUACUUGGGUUUAUUUAUUUUUUUAAUGUGGUUUGCAUGUACAGUACAGGUAAUUCUGUAGCUCCAAAUUUUAGAUAUACAGUUAGGUCAAAACUGAUAACUUCUGGUCAGGCCAGAACUGUAAACAUCCAGUCAGGCCAGGACUGUCAACAUCAGUUCCUGUUAGGUCAGAGGUGAAAACUAACCUGACCUGGAGUUGAUAGUAAUUACCUCUACUGUAUCAUUGAUAAAUAAAGUUUCUUGUGAAGGAUCCACCAGUACAUGUACAGUAUACCGUGUUUCUCUGUAAAAGAAAUGAGAUUAUGUACAAAAUUUUAUUAAGAUCUAAAUAAUGCUGUACUUAAGUAAAUGAGUAAGUAAGAA